AUGGCCCCCCUCCCCCGCCCCCUACCCCAAGGCGGCUUCACCUUCUCCAUCUCCCCCUCCGCCACCCACCUCAACCACCCCGUCUCCCACUUCCUCUCCACCCCUCUCCAAUUCCAAGGCAGCGCAAGUACCUCUACACAUAUCCGUCCCCAAGCCAUCGCCGGUGGAGCCCUCAUCUUCUCCAAAUCCGCACCCGACGCCAAAGAUCGCAUCCUCCUCCUCCAACGCGCCCCACACGACUCGAUGCCUCUGCGCUGGGAAAUCCCCGGCGGCGCCUGCGACCCCGAAGACGAGUCCUUCUUACAUGGCGUUGCCCGCGAAAUGUGGGAGGAAGCCGGGCUGCUGCCCAAGAGGAUGGUUUGUCAGGUUGGUGGACAGGCAAAGCCGCAGGUGUUUUUGACGAGGAGUGGGAAGGUGGUGAUGAAGAUUAGUGUCGAGGUGGAUAUCGAUGAGGGGUCUGAUGCGGAAGAGAAGAUGGAUGGGAACGUGGAUGGCAAGUGGAAGAGCUUACCAAAGGUGGUGAUGGAUCCGAAUGAGCAUGUGAGGUUUGUGUGGGCGACGGAGGAAGAGUGUAAAGCGGAAAGAAUGAUGGUUGAGGGUGAAGGGGGAGAGACGGAAGAGCUCAAGUUGAACUUCACUCACAAGGAGCAGAGGGAGACGAUCUUGGAGGGGUUUGAGAUUAGGAGAAGGAGGGCGUUGGAAGGAAAGGAUGUCGAGGACGCUUGA